CAGAGCCACGGAGCAGAAGCCGGAGACACUGAGCAGCUCCUCCGGGUUUAAUGCCUCCAGACAGGCUACGGCUUCCCAAAAUGAGACUCUGGGCACUCCUGCCAUUCCUGACCCCCUUCAUCUUCCCAUGGAGCAUCCAGGAGCCUGAGCUGGCAGAGGGGUUCUUUAUCAGAUCAUGCCCAAGAGUCAGAGUGAAGUGUGAAGUUCAAGAGAGGAACGAGUGCACAAGGCACAAGCAGUGUCCAGACAAGAAAAGGUGCUGCCUGUUCAGCUGUGGGAAGAAGUGCUUAGACCUCAGAGAUGAUGUAUGCAGUCUGCCACAGGAUUCUGGCCCCUGCUUGGCUUACUUUCCACGCUGGCGGUAUGACCAAGAAACUGAGCUCUGUACCCAAUUCAUCUAUGGUGGUUGCCAAGGGAAUGCGAACAACUUCCAAUCUGAAGGUAUCUGCACAGUUGUCUGCAAAAAAAACAACAUACCUUCCUGGAUAUAAUAAGGAUAAGCUUGAAGAAGCUCCGGGUCUUGGCUCUCAACUUGCGCUCUGGGUUGGCUGCUGUCUUAGCCACUCAGACUUCAGCUGCUCCCAAAACAACUCCAGAGUUUGUUCAUUCCCUCCUCGCACCCCAGCUUCUCUUCAAAUGUAAUGUCCUUCAACCUUUGACCCCCUUCUCAGUGUAAGGCCCCAUCACCUCAGCUUUCAGGGCUCUUGUUUAUUCCUGUGAAGGCUCUAGUU